AUGCGCCGCACAACAACCACCCGUCAAUAUGGAAAGCAAUCCAAGAAAUCCAACGCCGAACGGAUGUUUGCAGAACUGGUCCAGACUCCAGUUCGAGAGCCCCCGGCCAAGCAAAAUGCAAAGCCGAUUGAGGAACAGAUUGCUCCGUUGACCAAAAGGCUAUCUGAAGUAUCGCUGCUGGAGACCCCGAAACCCCAAACCAAGUCAAGGAGAGCUUUCAAAAAAGAUGCAUCGAUUUUGGAGGACGAGCUAGAGGUGCCGGAAGUCAUUGAGAUCAAGCGAGAGUCUGUCAAGGCGCUCAAGGCAACUGCAAUUAUUGAAGACGAUACAACAAAAAAGAUUCAAAUCCUAGAGGACAAGAUCGAAAAUGAGUCCUCCUUGAGAGUUCUCACAUGGGGCGAUGUCUGCCCUCCUGGAGACCAGAUUGUCAAGAUUGCCGAGGCCUCAUCCGCAGAGGUAUACCGCAUCACCAACAAACGAGGCACUAGUAUUAUCAAGGCCAUCCGACUGCCAUCGCCAAUCAAGCCCCUAACAAAAACGCAAGUGGCAUCUGGUCUGGUUGAUGAGGAGCCGCAUUCACAGGACGAUGUCAACAAUGAGUUGCAAAUUUCCGAGUGGCUCUCCGAUGUCCCAGGAUUCGCCGUUUACAAAGAACGGUAUAUUGUCCAGGGGAAAACGACUAGUGAGCUUCUCGAAACGCAUCAAACAGUCCAGAAGAAGAUGAAGAGGGAAGAUCCGGGUAGGGCGCAGUACUACCCGUCACCGAGCCGGUAUUUGGAUGACACCAAGUUCCUGGUUGUGGAGCUUGGAGAUGCAGGCAAAUCUCUGGAAAACUGGCCAUUGGACGGCGUAGAUCAAUUAUGGGAUAUUUUCCUAUUGGAGGCGAUUGCAUUGGCUAGGGCUGAAGAGGUUGCCAUGUUCGAGCAUCGCGACCUGCACGAGGGUAACCUCUGUGUUAAGCAAGCUCGCCCUCCCCGAAAAAGGGAUCCUAACGCAGAAGGGUUUUUUGGUUAUUCAGGCCUCGAAAUCACAAUCCUAGACUAUGGCCUUUCGCGAGCUGAAGACCUAACAAACGAUGAUUCUACGCCCAUUGUGUACGACUUGGAGCGAGAUCUCAGCCUAUUCACCAGCACCUACAACCCUCAGUGUAAAGUUUAUAGACAGAUGCGGUCCUUCUUGCUUCGAGCUGACCGAGAGUGGCUCCCGCCAGAAGCUCACAAUGUCCCGUAUGCCAAGGGAAUCGACGGUCCGCUUUCUUGGGACGCAUAUGCCCCCUACACGAAUGUGCUCUGGCUGGCCUAUACCUACGAAUACAUGGUGGACCACUUCGAAGGCAGCAAAAGAGAGCUCGCAAGGUUCAAGAAGGAGACGGCAGAACUGUGGAAAUAUUUAAACCCAGAUGCCCCGAAAGAUGUACCUGCAUUUGGAUGCGCGGCUGACGUGGCCUGCUUUGCCUUGGAGGCUGGCUGGAUACGACAAGAAGAGCUUCUAGGGGCAUCGACUUCCAUAAUGGAUCGAGAGGACAGCAUUAUCGUCUCAAAGAAGGUAGUUGAUGUCGAGGUGUCGCCGCGGAGAUCAACAAGAAGGCGGCGUGAGGCUUGA